AUGGAAAAAUUGCAAACUCUUUCGAUGGCAUAUGAGAAGUGCUUUCAGAAUCUGCAUUAUGUAGAGCGGCAUGAGGAUCAUACAAUUGCACAUGCAAUUCAGACAUCGUAUAAAAAGACUAAGGUGUAUCUUUGGCCAGCUCCUACACAAUCAGGGAUGAAGGCAGGCAAAACUGUGGAGUUGAUUCUUAACUUAACUGGUUACAGAAAUGUGAAAUCAAAGGUUGUUGGUUCAAGGAAUCCCCACAACACUGUGAAGGCUCUCUUCAAGGCAUUAAAUGCGAUUGAAACUCCCAAAGAUGUUCAGGAAAAGUUUGGCCGAACUGUGGUUGAAUCAUAUCUACUGUGA